AUGUCGAGUGCGUUGAAAUCAGCGACACCAAGUAACAAAAGUGCAAAAACUAAAAAGAAGAAAGAAGACGAAGAACGAAAACGAAAAGAAGAAGAAGAAGCUCAACAACGUGCUGAAGUUGCUGAAAAAGAACGUCUUGAAAAUGAAAAACGACUUGCUGAAGAAAAAACAAAUGUAGCAAAAGAAAUCAAUGAAUUACGACGUCGAGAACUAAGCGAAUUCUACGAAUUUAUUCUGCCGCGACAACAAGACGUAAUCACAAUACUAGAAAGACAACGAGAAGACUUCAAAUGGAAACGUGUUAUGCAAUGUGAUGGUACACCUGAUCCAACAAUAUUACCUGAAAUCAAUACAUUUAUAUCAUUAUGGCGUGAUGAAAAAAAACGAAUUGAUGUUGAAUACACAAUGAAACAAACGAAUCUUGUUCUAUCUCUUAUUAGAGAAUUAAAUUAUGUGAUGAAUUCAAUUCCGAAUGGUUCGCCUGAACUUGAACAUGUAUCAACUUAUAAAAAGACAAUUGAAGAACUUGAAGAUACAUUACACUUAAAAUGGCGUCAUGCAGUUCAUGCUACAAUGCUUAAAGCAAGUGACCUACAAGAUUUAGAAACCAAUAAUUUACAAUAUACAGCUGAAAAUGACAAUACUACGGUUUGUAUUUGGGGUAAUCUUAGUCAUAAUCCAAGAAUCAAAGGUUAUCAAUUUGAUAAAUAUUCUUUUGGUUUUGAUCUACCAAAACCAUUAUCAUUAGCUAAUAUAGCUAUAAUUGGAUUUUUUCUAAAAUAUGAUUAUUACUCAGAACGUUCACUACUUGCAAAAUGCCGUGUAAAAAUAAAUCAAUAUAGCUAUGAUCCAAUACCUGAACCAUACAUUGAUGAAUCAGAAAAGAAACCAGCUGAAAGUAAUGAUCCAGAGAAAGAUCUGUUUGAUGCUUCGUUACCACCUGAAUUAAGAAAACUAAUGGAAGAAACAAAACAGCGUGAAGAUGAAGCUGCAGCAGCCGCAGCAGCAGCUGAAGCGGAAGCUAAUAGAGAGAAUACAAUGACGGAUCGAUCUGCUACACAAGUAGUUUCUGAUGAAGCGCACGAUGGAAAAAAUUUAACUCAAACAUCACUCGAAAGACAAAAAUCAAAGGAUGAGAAACUAUUAAAUGCAACUGCUGAUCAAAUCUUAGAAGAAUUAGCUGAUGAAUCGGUUGUUGACCUUCGUUCUCAUUGGCCAAUAUUGCCAUUACUUCAAAUCAAUCUCUAUAAUAUCCCACCACAGCCGAAAAAGGUACAAGAAUGGACAAUAGUCGAAGUUGAUAAUGACGAUAUUCUUAUUUCUUAUCCAUAUCCAUCUGAUCCGAUGAUUGCUGAGCGAUUUUACGAAGAAUAUUCAUCCGGUAAUAAACAAAAAUCUAUGGAAAAUGAACCAGGGAAAAGCAAAACAGAAGAAAAAACUGAAGAAACAAUGGAUCCAUCGAUGACACUUGACGCAACGAUGAUCGAAAAUAAUCCUGAAAUACGAAAAAUGUUCUUAGAUGCUGCAGUUAAACAAGAAUCAGCACUUGUACUCAAAUAUAAAAUUCCAAAUGAUGUAUUUGUUACUGAAAAGCCACUACUUGCUCGAUGGAUUACAGACCGAAAUCAUUGGAGACAAGAAGGCUAUGUCGAGUAUCAAUAUUCGCCUGACACUCGACUUAUAUCAUUUAAAACCUAUGAUUUCGGUACAUAUGCAUUAUUAAGUGAUCGUCAUGCCCAUAUGCCAUUUCAAUCAUGGCGAAUGAGACCUAAAUCUGUUAAUAAUUUACUUUUUAUAUUAAACAGCCAAUCAUUUGAAAUAAUAUUCGAAGUAAAAGUAAGUUCUGCUGCAUUCUACUUGUGCAAAUGA